GAAGUCUGGAAGUUGCUAAAAACGGCGCGUUUUCAUUUGCAGUUGGAGAGCCAAAAUUCGCUCCCUCGUCAUCAGCUUCAAACGAGUCACUCUCUUUUCCGGUCCACUUUUCAGAUCUAAACCCAACCAAGCCUGUCCCUCUCUCUCUCUCUUUCUCUCGCUUGCUUUCAUUCACUUUAUCAAUGGCUCACGAUCUAGGUUUUCUCUGAGAUCCGAACCAAUUACAAAUCACACUCAAAAACUCAUUUCCAGCAACACAUAAUGGGGGUGGUGAUCGAGAGCUCCAUUUGGGAACCAAAUCCCGCGCUCUUCAUAUUCAUCUUCAUCUCCUGCCUCUUCUCCAUAUUCCUCUUCCCUUAUGCCUCUAACAGCAGCUCCAACAAAACCUCCACUCUCUUCGACCAUGGAAUCCCCUCUUCCUUCCUUCGCUUCCAGCGGAAAUUUCUCUUCCUCUAUUCCCUCGCUUCAGCAAUGGAAGGACUGUGGUCAGUGUUUGGAGAGUUCGAGCUAGCUUAUUAUGGUGUUAGCAGAGAGCAAAUGGUUUUGUAUCUCUGUGUUGGUUCUGCAGCUGCUCUUUUCGUUGGCACUUUCUUAGGCGUGCUUUCCGAUUUAAUAGGUCAAGCAAAAUUUUGUCUGUUUUUUUGCAUCCUUCACUUCUUUGUUGGCAUAUGGAAGAGGGUUACUUCUCAUCCAAGUGUUCUGGUGGCAAGCAUCUGUUUGUCUCUCACCUCUUCAAUAUUUUCAUUCAGUUUUGAGACGUGGAUGGUUGUUCAACAUGAAAAGCAAGGGCACAGGCAAGAUUCAAUGAGUGAUACAUUUUGGUUAAUGACUUAUUUUGAGUCUGCAUCUUUCAUUGGAAGCCAGGUGUUUGCAAAUUGGCUGGUUGGUGAUAAUUUGGAAAAGAACAUAGUAUCUCCUUCCACUGCAGCUAUCUUCUUGGCAAUGAUAAGCAUUAUUUGUUUUACUAGAGGAUUGAAAGGAACUAUACAAACACCCGCAUUUACGGAGUAUAGAAUGUCUUUCAAUGCAUAUAUUUUUGGUGAUAAAAGAAUUUGGCUUUUGGCAUGGGCACAAGCUUGCCUUCACUUCUCCAUUGCAGUGUUUUGGAUUCUGUGGGCCCCAACAUUAGUGGCUGAUGGACGAGAACUGCAUCUAGGGUUGAUAUAUCCUUGUUUGCUAGGUGCGAGAAUGCUAGGAAGCACAGUAUUCCCAUGGCUUAUUAGUGGACCAUCAUCACUUCGCACUGAGGAUUUCCUAGUAUAUUCCUUUAUUAUAAUGGGACUUGUGUUGUCUAUAGUAGCUUAUGAUUAUCAGGAAAUUGGAGUUUUGGUCACACUAUUUUGCUUGUUCCAUGCUUGCGUUGGCCUGAUUUUACCUUCACUUGCCAAAUUGAGGACCAUGUAUGUGCCAAAUGAGCUGCGUGGAGGAAUGAUAAGCCUUUCUCUAGCCCCUGCAAAUGCAGCAAUUCUGAUUUUUCUGAUCCAAGGAGGCUACUAUCAUAACAUUGGGAAUGCAGCAGUAAUGGCUUUUGCUGCACUGGGGCUACUCUCAGCAGCUGGUAGCAUGCAUGUAUUGAAGCGAUUAGGGAAGCAACCAUAUCAAAACUGGCACAAAUCAUGAUUUCAUACCCAGUGAAGCUCAGGCUUGUCUGCAUGGUUGAUGAGUUCUGUAUGUCUUCAUCAGUCCCAGAUAUCAAGGAAGAAGUAAAAAGAAAAGAGAUUUUUUGGGUUCAGGAUUCCGCUGAUGCUUCAGUGAGGUGUAUACCGAUAUAGAAGGAAACAAAAAGGAGAAGAAAAAAAUAAAAAACAAAACCAACAUUCAACUCUAAAGGAGUCUGAAAAGGAAAUUGCUACUUGUCUACUGGCACCAAUUUGAAGUCUCUUUGAGCCUGAACGUUUUCAAAAUUUAAUUCUAAGAUUCUAUUUUCCAGGCAGUGCCAUUACCCCAGCUGGUUAGUCAGGAGUAUACAAAAAGACUAACAUGGUGAUUACUAGGUCAGUAUUGUUCUGGAAGGAGACUCGUCGCCGUACAGGUCUUAGAGGGAGACUCAUUGCCCCUUCAGUUCUAAUUGCUUAUAUGGUAAAAAUCAUACUAUCACUGCCUCAAGCAAUAUGAAGAUUUGCAUCAUGCAUUUAUUCCAAUUCUCCGGCAGUGGACCUUGAGUGACUCAGGAGGUGGAGGCUUUGUUUUGGUGAUUUAUUUAUUUAUUUAUUUUUUUGGGUUACUGUGUAUGAAUGAGUUGAACUUAAUUCCUAUAAUGGUCCUGAGAGAACUUAUAUUGCCCUCAUUGCGUAGUAAAUGGAGUUGAAGUUGCAAGAAGGAUGAUAUUUUUGCAUUAAGAGGUACCUGCCACAGCCAAUAGGCCAGAAAUCUCUUCAAUUACUGGACCAGAAUUUCGUAAUGCAGUUCAUUUUUCACUGCUAGACGAGCUUGUGUCAUUUUGGGGGGCAUUUAUUGAAACAGGUGAUUGCUUAUGAAUAAUGAUUUGCAAGGAAGUCAUGAUGAGGUUAACUGUUUUUGAGAUCAUAGAUAUAAUAAUACCUUUUUACUGUUCCAAAUUGAUUAUUUAAAGUCUCUUCUUGUUUACUUCUCGUAGGAUUGAUCGAUUGUGUGUAUAUAUAUUGAGAGAAUCAAUUAUUACUUUAUUAUGAGUGAA